AAGCGGAGGAGUGUAACAGUCUCACCAUGUAAUUUUACCUUCCCGUAACAUAUGUGGUAUUCCUCGGCCGUUUAUAUGAUUCGAACAUCCCUAAGUGGGCUGACGAACGUUAGCGGAAAGUCAAAGCACAGGCAAACGCUACAGAACACAGAACGACUGCGAGCAUCGAGACACCACCACACUGGUGAUGCUCGCUUGACAACAUAAAAUAUGUCGAUGUCCACUCAUUCAGACGAAAAAGGGCAUUCUUCAAGAGCGGGAGGCGACCACAGGAAAGCGACCAACAGUUUAGCCCAAGCAUAUUGCUCAUCGGCGAGCUCCAACGUCGGACUUGCAUGGCAAGCAGUCACAGCUCUGCCCAACUGGUAUCGCAACCUGAAAGCAACGAAUCCCCAGAGCGCAGACAGACCCGAUGAGAUCAAGACAUAUAGAUCAAGGCCAAGCCUGUCGGUUCGAAUAUUCUAUCCUGCUUCGUACCCACAACAUGGAAGCUCGCAAAAGCUCCCAACACUGUUCACUGUCCAUGAUAAUGGUCACAGCAGUGCAGACAACAAUGAGUGGAAUCGCUAUUUUGCAAAUACUCACGGUUGCCUCGUCAUAUCACUCGAUUACGCCAAAUCCUUGGGUGACCCUCUUGCACCUGCAUACGAUCUCCAAACCCUAUUUUCUGAGCUAUGCGCUGAUGAGAGCAUACCUAUUAACGACCGUCUGUCUGAUGAAUGGGACACGAGUCGGACAGCUAUACUGGGUUUCGGCACUGGUGCCAACCUUGCCUUGACGUUCAGCCAGCUGGAAGGUAUCCGUAGGCACUCACUAUGUCCUGCCGCGGCAGUUUCGAUAAACGGACGUUUCGAGUACAGCGAUUCGGGUUAUGCCGAUCCCAAUAGCGAAAUCUUCCGUGAUCCUCCGUUCAACGCGAGCAUCGCUGCACCAGAAAACCUGCCUCCUUACGUGUGUUGCAUCGUUGCAAGAGUGGACAACUGGUCACAUGAGGCGUGGAAUUUAGUAGAGCGAAUAUCCAAGCAACAUGUUUUGCAGCGGGAAAGGGAGACUUCGUUUGAGGAAAUGUGGGACGGGGGUGGUCUGAAAUGGCAAACCGUCCCAGGAUUAUCAAAUGGCUUCGACCAUCGGAGGUCUCUCGGAGAAAAUGGGCCAAGUGUUGAUGAGAAUUCAUUCAGGAGUACGGAGUCUCAUACUAGAGAAUAUGUGGAUGAUCUGGGAAGAUGGUUGAAGCAAGUUGUAUGGCGCACGUAACUGCUUUGUAUGGCAUGGAACUGAUGAGGUAGGCCCUUGCCGCCGAUAGGACAGGUUUGCAACCGUCAGUUGCUGCGUAGCCAGAAAUGUUUCUUCAACGAUAAUUAUCGGCACCGCGUCCACCAACAAUGAAACGAAUCGUU